GUAAAUGCAAAUAGAAAAAAAAUGUAGGAGGAAUUUAUAGAUGACUGGAUGAUCGAUCCACAGCUUAUGGUAUCUGGAGGAUUUAGCUCCAUAGCGCAGCCUGAUACAAUGUUAUUGUGUUAGUUGUUGUUUUUGCCUGUGCGUUUAGGUGGGGUUCAGAUUAUUGGUAAACAGUAAACAGAGUGGAGUCUAAGAUGCUUCAAGGCUCAAACAUCUUCGGGCACGAGAGGCCCCUGGUCAUCAGGGUGUCAUUCGCCACCUGUGUUCUGGCCACCGUGUGCCUCCCACUGCUCGGACUGAUAACUUGUGUCCUCAUCUCCUCUGUUUUUCACUUUGAGGAUGCUACUGGAACACACUGCCAGGUCCCCAACUACCUGCCAUCUAUCAGUGCCUCGAUAAGCCUCAGCCCUGAAUGCCACAUAUGGCGCUUCUGCAUCGGACUGCACUCAGCGCCGAGGCUCCUGGUGGCGUUCACCUACUUCAAGUUUUACAAGACACGUUUCGCCGCCAGGUUCCCCGAGAGUUUACUCAGCUGCUUGAACUUGGCCUUUUCCAUUUUUGAAAACCUCGGCCUCUUGCUCCUCACAUAUGUAUCAUCCAGCGAGACGUACUUUGUGCAUAAAGAAGGUUUUGUCCUCUUCAUUGUCAGUUCCCUCAUCUACAUGUCGAUAACCUGCCGGUUAUGGAAGACUAUUAAGAAGUAUUCCUUAAGUCCUGAGGAUGCCAAGUCCCACCAUUGGAAAGUACGCUUCUUACUUCUCAACGUGUGCUUCUGUGCUUUCGCCGGAUUCUUUUACUGGAAACACAACAUGUACUGUGAAUCAGGGAGUUAUACGUUUUUCGCUCUGUUUGAGUAUCUCGUGGUCUUCUCCAAUAUGGCCUUCCAUCUCACAGCCGUGUGGGAUUUUAAGAGCCGUGAGGUCAUGGUUAUUUCAUCCUCCGAAGAUAAAGACUUCUGACUAGAAACUCAAGGACUGCGUACUGAAUGUACAACCACUAAACCGCCGGACGAUAACGGCCUUGAUCCUGCACAAGAGGAAGAGUGGGAUGAAGGCCUUUUCCAUAUAUUCCCGUGAUGACGGCUCUUAAGUCCUUCGAGUGUGUAGAUGUCAGACGAGUGUGAACAGAACAUGCACUUGUGUUGCUGUAGGGUUAUUCGGUUAGCUGUAAGUGCAAUUUUGUGCCUCGUUGUCCCAUUCAUGGAUGCCUUCACCUACAUACGGUGUGUUAUGUAAUGUGAAAUUUUAACUUUUGUAAAUUACACAGCAAAUGUGUGGUCAUACUGUACAUGUGCCUCAGUAAAGUGACAGUUCUUCAUGUG